AUGCAAUCAUCAUAUACUUGGAUAUUUGCAACAGGCAUCAUUGUAUUCUUUGUUAUUGUUAUAAUUCUUUUAUUUUUUACAAAGACACCUAUCGAAUUACCUUUGUCAUUUAAUGGUAGUUUAGAGGAUAUUCCAAGUGAUACAGAAGAAGACCUUGCCAAUCUCUCAGAAGAUGCUCGACUUAGUUAUGAAAGCGCUAAAACUUGGCAAGAGCAUCAUCCUCCAAAUAGUAUCCCUACAGACAUCACACCUCCUCAGUUCGUUUCUAUACAAGAGAAAGGCGUCUCUGCUUUUGAAUUUGAAUGGGAUAUGGAUGCAAAUUGUUUUGUAGCUGGAAGAACUGAAAUACAAUUUAUGGAAGGAGAAAACUGUGUACAGACAAAUUUACCUUUACCCAGGAAUCAAGAAGUAUAUUACUGGGAGGCAAAAAUGUUUGAUAAACCAGAAUCAACAUUGGUUUCAGUGGGUGUGGCUACUAAACCUUAUCCAAGUUGGAGACUGCCAGGAUGGAAUCGUUAUUCAAUUGGUUACUUUUCUGAUACGGGUUAUAAAUUCUUUAGUUCGCCUUUUAAUCACAAGCCUUAUGGAUUACCCUUUAAGCAUGGUGAUGUGAUUGGUGUAGGCUAUCGACAUCGAACAGGCACUAUUUUUUUUACUCGAAACGGUAGAAAAUUAGAGGAAGCUUAUGCUGGUAUUAGAUGGAAUUUAUUUCCUACAAUUGGUGCUAAUGGACCAUGUCAAAUACAUGUUAAUUUGGGACAAGCAGGUUUUGUUUUUGUAGAGGCCAAUGUGAAGAAAUGGGGAUUAGCUCCUUCACAAGGAACCCUGUCCCCACCACCAGCUUAUGGAACUGAACGAGAUACAGUCUUAUUAGCUAUGGGGAAUACAUCAGUAGAAGAAGCAACCUUAAUUGAUAUGCAUACAACAAUACUACAACAUCACAGACCACCACCUUAUCAAGAUACCUCCUCCUCUGAGCAACAAGAGAUAACAAACUUAAUGGAUUAA